CGCCCCACUCCUCAUUCACUUGGCUCGCACGGUGCAGACGGCGCUCGCAGCACACACCGCCGGUCCGUGCGCCGAGCCGGAGGCCGCGGGGACCCUCGGGCCAUGCACGCCCCGCACUGAAGCGAUCGCCGCCGAGCCAGCCGCCAGCUCCGGGCACAAAGGAAAAAUAAAAGCCCCCCUGCGCCUUUCGGGGAGCUCCGCACUCCCGCGGGACCCUCAGCCGAGAGACUCCCCCUCCCUCCCCGCACCCCGAACACCCCUUUCCGGGUCGCCGGGCAGCGAGCAGCGGCAGCAGCGCGCGGUGGCCCCGGUUCGCCGCGCCAUGGAGCGGAUCCCCAGCGCGCAGCCACCCCCGGCCUGCCUGCCCAAAACGCCGGUGCUGGAGCCCGGAGACCUGCCCGGGAUGGACUUCGCCCACAUGUACCAAGUGUACAAGUCGCGGCGGGGCCUGAAGCGGAGCGAGGACAGCAAGGAGACCUACAAACUGCCACACCGGCUCAUCGAGAAAAAGAGACGUGACCGGAUUAACGAGUGCAUCGCCCAGCUGAAGGACCUCCUGCCCGAACAUCUCAAACUUACAACUUUGGGUCACUUGGAAAAAGCAGUGGUUCUGGAACUUACCUUGAAGCACGUGAAAGCCCUAACAAACCUAAUUGAUCAGCAGCAGCAGAAAAUUAUUGCCCUGCAGAGCGGUUUACAAGCUGGUGAGCUGUCAGGAAGAAAUGUGGAAGCAGGCCAAGAGAUGUUCUGCUCGGGUUUCCAGACCUGUGCCCGGGAGGUGCUUCAGUACCUGGCCAAGCAUGAGAACACUCGGGAUCUGAAGUCCUCGCAGCUGGUGGCACACCUUCACCGCGUGGUCUCCGAGCUGCUGCAGGGGGGCACGGGUAGGAAACCAUCAGACUCGGUCUCCAAAGCCAUGGACUUGAAGGAGAAGUCCAGCUCCCUGGUCAGAGGCUCGGAAGGCCCCGGGAAAAACUGUGUGCCCGUCAUCCAGCGGACUUUCGCUGCCUCGAGCGGCGAGCAGAGCGGCAGCGACACGGACACAGACAGUGGCUACGGAGGAGAAUCUGAGAAAGGUGACCUGCGUGGGGAACAGCCCUACUUCAAAGGCGAUCUGGGGCGCAGGUUCACCCUGGGAGAACGGGUCAGCACCAUUAAGCAGGAAUGCGAAGAGCCCCCCUCGAAGAAGAGCCGCAUGCAGCUCCCCGAGGAUGAAGGCCAUUUCCCUACCAGCGACCUCAUCAGCUCCCCUUUCCUGGGUCCACACCCACACCAGCCUCCCUUCUGCCUGCCCUUCUAUCUGAUCCCCCCAUCAGCCACCGCCUAUCUGCCCAUGCUGGAGAAAUGCUGGUACCCCACCUCAGUGCCCAUCUUAUACCCGGGCCUCAACACCUCUGCCGCUGCCCUCACCAGCUUCAUGAACCCCGACAAGAUCUCUGCCCCCCUGCUCAUGCCUCAGAGACUCCCCUCCCCCUUGACAGCUCACCCCUCCCUCGACUCCUCUGCUUUGCUCCAGGCUCUGAAACAGAUCCCCCCUUUAAACUUAGAAACCAAAGACUAAACUUGUAAGGGAUCCUGCUACUUCGCUUUCCAUCCUUCCUUCCUUCAAACACACACACACACACAUGCAUGCAUGUGCACACGAUGUGUGUGCAGUGAGAUUGUUCCUUAGUGCAUACUCAGAUGCUUUGAGGUACAGAGAGGAGACUGAAAGGGCGUGUGUGUGUGUGUGCACGUGCACUCGUGCGUGUGUGUGUGUGAGUGUGCCCGUGCAGAUACAGAGCGUGAAAGCUGCACAUGGUCCAGGGGAAAACUUCCUCGUGUCAGCAGGAGAUGCAGGGGGAAGGCUUUUUUUCUUCUUCCCAGAGAAUAGACCACCCUCACUCCACCCUUUGAUCCAAGUCAGCUGGAUUUUCAAAAGCUUUCAAACUCAGUCUGUGAGUCACCCUUCAGUUGGGAAGUUGGGUCUGUGGCUUUGAGAGGGGGAAAAAAAGGUACUUUGAAAAAAAAAAAGGGCUUUCCAGAGCGCAGCUCCCAGCCAGCUGUUAGAACCCCACCCUGGCCCCUGUAUUGUUUUAUAUGACUCACUAGACUGAGGGCAGAACUGUCAGACUGUACUUUCUGCUCUGAGAGGAGGUAGCAGACACUGGUCUGUCACAGUAGAGGUGGUCUGUCACAGUAGAGAUGGCCCCAGGUCUGCUCCCAUCCCCAGGCCUGGGUGAAGCAAGAAAGAGAAUGCCAUUUCCUUCUCAGGAUUUCAUAGUGAUUACCUUACUAAGGAACUGAAAAUAGCCCCUUUGUAGGAGCUGCGCUGACAUGGAAUGAGCGUGGAGUUCCCCAGGCUCUGGGCACCUGCUUCUAAAAUCGCACAGUUAGUUAGGACAUGCUGUCCAGGAAACCAAAAAAAAAGUCUGAGAUGUGCAAAUGCCCCCUAGCACCCAAAAGUGCACAGUUAAAUAACCAGUUGCUACCUUUCUUGCAUAGCUAGACUCAGUUUUAAAUUCUAAAGCUUUUGAGCAAGCUUAGCCUAACGAAGCCUUGGCCGUGCUAGCUCCUUUCUGCAGGCUACAGCCUUGCGCCUAACAGCAUAUGGAGUGUCCUUAAUUGCUAAAUAGGAUUCUCUGUCCUUCAAAGAAGUUUUAUUUUUGCUCUAGUCCUUGUUUUUUGGACUUGUCCAGCCAGCUCUGCACCAGCUUUCCAAAAAUGCACUAUGCUUAAUUGCUCAUCGUGUUUUUAACUAUUUCAUUUUCCUGUCUUUAUUUUUGGUAAUAAAAGUCGUUGCCUUU